AUGGCGCCUAUGGUCAAAGGAACAGCUUUCAUCACUGGGGGAGCUUCAGGUACGAGUUCUAUCACCGCGGUUGAUGUCAAGAAAUUAAUUGAGUCGACAGGUAUUGGCAAGAGUACUGCAAUCGCCUUCGCGCAGAACGGCAUCAAUUCACUGGCUCUGGUUGACUUGAACCUAUCUGUUCUUCAAAAGACUCGCGAUGAAAUCCAGGCUGGCUAUCCUCAUGUCGAAGUGAAGACCUUUCAUGUCAAUGUGGCAGACGAAGCAUCUGUUGAAGAGGUUAUCAGCAAAGUAGUGGGGUUUUUUGGCGGAAUCGAUAUCGGUAUUAAUUGCGCUGGUAUCAGUGGCACGCCGACCCCGACUCAUCUCAUGUCCCUCGUGGAGUGGCAGAAGGUGAUCGAUGUCAAUCAGACGGGUGUAUGGCUUUGCCAAAGGUCUCUGAUCCGGCAAAUGUUGAAGCAAGAAUCGCAAGGCGUUCGUGAAGGUCGUGGUGUCAUUGUUAAUGUGUCUUCUAUGUUCGGAGUUGGAGGGCCCCCUGGUCCUUUUAGCAUCUCGCAUUAUACGGCUGCCAAGCACGCGGUGGUCGGUGUCACAAAAAUGGAUGCCAAAUCGUAUGCCCGAGAAGGAAUUCGCAUUAAUGCAAUUUGUCCGGGAUUUGUUGACACUCCCAUUAUUGGUGAGCAGAUCAAAUCUGGAUCAAUGAAUCCUCAAUUCGAAACGACACCUCUUGGACGUCCGGCACAUGUGGAAGAGAUAUCCGAUGUGCUACUUUUUCUGUCCUCUCCGAUGAGCAGCUACAUGUGUGGUGCAGCCCUGGUCGUUGAUGGCGGGUAUACUGUUUAG